UUAUUUCACUGUUUGUGCCGGGAACGGCUGUAGUACCGAAAGUAACUUUAGUGUUGCUGGUUAGUAGCAAGUGCAACUGUUACUCAAGGUUGUUACUUGCCCUCAUUAUCGAAAGGGAUAAGUUAGCUCUACAUCUGUCACUAGACGAUGUCAGGAUUGACCAAAGAACAGUUAAAAAACGAACUCAUAACGCAUGGCGUGGAGUUGCCAUCUUCACUGGCCAAAAAAGAAGAAUAUGUGCGUCUGUACGAGAAAUAUGUAGCACCAGUCGAACAAGCGAAAGGCGACUUUUCCUCAGACGACGAAGACUCCCCCAUCGUCCCCAAAGAAAUGGUCAAUAUGGAACAGAAUUUAGUUGUUGAUGGACUUGACAUCUCAAAGCUUGAUGAUGAUGAGUUAUACAAGAGACUGUCUGAUUUAGGAGCUACAGUAGGACCAAUUGUAGAAUCAACUCGUAAAGUGUAUCAAAAGAAAUUAUUGGUGCUAAUGGGUGGUGAUGUUCCUGACUCCCCAACUUACAAUGGAGAUUUGGAUGAAGAGGAGUAUUCAGACAGUGAAGAUGCUGAGGAAGUGAAAGUUGGGGAGGUUGUAACCAAUAAAGUAGAAAAUACUACAAGUUCCCCACCAUCAGAAGCUUCGGACAUUCGCAGACGUGUUUUACUAUCUUCAGCGGGGGAAACUGAAAGGGGAGAAGUUAUAUUUGAUCCUGAAAAACAUACACCAUCCCCCCGUCGCUCCUUGCGGUCUGUCACCUCAACCAAAACAACUUCAACAUAUGAGAGCACUAUAUUCCGUAAUGUGAAUAAUGGAAGAAGUGGGCUGAUAAAUGCUACUGGAUCUACAAUUUCUACUGAAGAGGAAGAAGAACAAGAACAGGACAGAAAAAGCAAGAUAUCCUUGAUUGUGCGCCUCCUUGUCAAGUUGUUGUUCCUUGGACUUAUUAUUGCUCUUAUUUUAUACAUUUAUCAGAAUGACCCUAGUGAAAGUCCAUUUAAAGCUGUUGAGCAGUUAGCCCGUCAGGCUCUUGAAGCUGCUGUUGGAGAAGAGGCAAAUGUAAAAGAGGAAGGAACUGUAGAAAGUGUUAAAGCCCCAGAUACUCCUCCUCAGCUACAGGAAGUACCAGAAGUACAUUAAAUAUGCACUUAAAUGGAUCUGUAUUUUUCAUUAAAAAUAUAAAUGUAUUUUCAGUGCUUUUAUUUGUUUAAAUUAUAGAUUUUUACAGGAUCACUUUAAAAAUAUAUGAAUACUAUUUGCUAUGUAUUCUGUUAAGUAUACUACUGUAUUAUGUGAAAUUGAAACAUCAGUUGAAAUUACUUGUACAUUAUUAUUGAUGUUCUGUCCCCUGUGUGACCUAUCUAGAAAUACACAAGGAAUAUUUUUUCCUGAUCCAUUUGAGGGAAUUUCAAAUUUUUAUUUUAUUUUUUUUCUGUUAACAGUCUACUUAGUCAUUGCAGGACUUUCUGUAUGAUAUUAACUCAUAUAAUGCAAACCCUUUUACUGUGUAUCAAUACCACUUCCACUUUGGUCUGGAUGGUAAAGCCAUCAAUUAUAUUUUUAAUAGCUCUCUGUCUAUAAUGAUUAAACAAAGUUGUAACAUAAGAUACAAAUUUUUUUUUUCUACUGGUCGUAUACUGCUCUAUGAUGGUGGUGUUACUAUUCAUCUAACACUAAGAUGGCAAGAAAAGAAUCUGGUGAGCUUACUUAAGGAUCCUAAAAAUUCUGGAAACUAUUGGUCUCAUUGUCUGCUCAAAUGUAUUCCUAUGAUGGUGCCACUGGCAAAGCCACAGUGAUGUGAAAAUCACAUUGUGUGCACUUGUGUAUUAUAUCUUUUUUAUCGUUUUUAUUUUGUCAAGUAGGCGGUUGUUAACAAUGAAAUGCAUAUCUAAGAAUGUGGUUCAUUGUAAUGUGCUCAGUCAGAGGAUUAUAAAUAUUUGACAGUAUUUUUUUGUAUGUUUAUUUUAAAAAUUAUUACUGGUACUCUUCAGAUGUUCACAGGUAGUUAAGGAUUGCUGGAUUUGGCUUUAAUUUGUGAGAGUUUAUGUUUGUUAUGUUAUUAAUACUGAGGUAGGGAAGCUUGGUUUCUAUCCAUCAGUUUCUUGAAAAAUGUUAUUGCAGAUUGAAAAAAUAUCACAAACUGUCUUAGACAUAGUUAUACAUAAUUACAUAUUUCCACCGUUUUUCGUUUCUUUUGUUUAUACUGUAUUUAUUGCCCUCAGUGGUACUCAAAGCAGAUCUGUUGCUUUGAUACUAAGGAAGAGACAAUUAUUUAGGUUUGAAAAGCAACUUUGGAAAUUUUUCAAGAAAUGUGGUGAAUGUCUAGCAUAAACUGUUCUCCUUGGUAGAGGCAGUAUUAGGAAAGUUCAGUAUUAAGGUAGCUAUAGAAUUUUUAGUGCAUCCUAAAUCACCUGUGAACAAGUAGUCUCAAAUGAUGCUUUUUUAUGUCAUAUCUUGUUGAAGAAUGAUAUCUGUUGGUAUACUUAUGAGUUUUUGUGUAUGUUCACCAUUGAGGAGAUUAUUUAUAUUUAGUACGUACAUAUUUUGUUGAAAUUUUGUCUUGCCAACUGCCCUAUUAUGUUUUUUUUUGUUUUAUUUUUGGGUAGGUUUUUUCCAUUCCAUGUUAGUUCAUGUAAUUUGAUGCAAUGGUUUAAGUUGAAUUUCUGAAUGCCUGUUUUUCUUCACCUUAAGACAAAUUUUUUUGUACACCUAAUAACUGAAAGUACAAGUAUCAAUAACGAUAAAAAGUAUUCGUAUGAAUUAAAUCAUUUUAAGGUCAAUGUUAACUGUAGUUAAGUGAACCAAACAUGAAAUUUGCAAUUUUUUUUAUUUAUUUAUUUAUUUUAUUUUUUAUUUAUUUUAUUUUUUAUUUUUUAUUUUUUAUUUUUUGUACUUCCUGCAAGAGUUGUAUGGUCCGUCAUGAAUAAUAAUAAUAAGAGAGCUUUUAUUUAAAGUCCAAAAGGAGUUAUGUUAAGUCCUAUGUCUACACUGUACAUAUAUGAUGAAGCUCCUGUUGAUAGUUCAAAGCCCUGUUCAUAAUUUUUACAAGUUUUAGUGAGUUUGAGUUGUCAUAGGUUUAGAUCCUUUUUGCAACCUUGUUUUCUUAUUAGUUUAUAGCGAGUUUGCUGUGAGAUUUGUCUUUGAGUGGUCUUUCUCUAAUUUAGUUGGUAAGUUUGUUCAAAACAAGGUAAUCUGAAUAUAAUAUUUUACUCUGGCAGUCAAAGCAAAUUUUAUACAUUGUAGUUUAAGGAAUUACAAGGCUAUAAUAAAGAUGAAUUUUACAGUAACACUGGUUUGCUACCUUAAACUUAUUGGCAGUAUGGUUGUCAAAUAUGAUUUGUAACCAUGCCACCAUUAAAAUUUUUAUUUUCUGUUAUGAAUGUUGAUAAUUGUUAGGUUAUUGUUCAUAUAAGCAUUAAAGAACAAGAAACUGCUGGUGAUAAUUGUUAGGUUAUUGGUCACAUAGCCAUUAAAGAACACAAAACUGCUGGUAAAAUGACUAAUGCUGCUGCAAGUCAAGUAAAGAAUAACCAUAAUGAAUACUUGAGAUUCAUUCUAUUUGUUAUUGUUUAACAUUGAGAAAUUCAUAUGGGUUGAUUAAUUGUUUUGUAUUACGUAAAUAUCGAGUAUUGUAAACAAACCCAUAUAUUUUGUCAGUUGUCAACAAUUGCAGUUUAUCCAAUGAUUAAAAUGAAGUUUUUAGGCAGUUAUGAUAGAUGAAAUAAGAUCUAUAUGCAUCUAAAAUGUUAAACUGGAAGAACUCGAGGACUGGUGUAAACUAUUCUUAUUGCUGUCGUGGAAAGUAAAUAUUCUGGCCACGUCAUGGUUUACAAAGACUUCAGCUUGUAAUAGAAUUAACUAUAACUAAAGUCUCAAACCCUGUGGCCAAAGUAGAUUUCUUAUGACUAAUUUUUUAUAAUAGAAUAUAUGAGUCAAGUAAAAAGGCAGUAAUGUGAUAAGAAAGCUGACAGAUAAAUCUUGAGGAGAGUGAACAACUUUUCUGUAUAUUUUAUAUUAAAGGUCUUCAUCAGA